CUAUAGAUGAGGGACUACAAUGAGUAAUAGAUAUUCUAAUUCAUUUAAAUAUAUAUUGUGAAACCGGUCACAGCGAGUGAGCUCAGAGCUGCUCCUGUAUCCAGUCAGGAAGUUGUCUCUGGGACAGCGGAGUCAGCUCCCAGUUGACGGUUCAUUUUUAGCCACUAUUAUCCAACACAUAUCUACUGUUAUUCAGAAACGGGAACAAUGGAGAUCGACUCAGUCUUCUACACUGAUCAUAGUGGAAGAGUAAACAGUAACCCACUCUUGGACCAGCUACCCAGCUACCAGUCCCUGCUGUACCGCAGGAAGUUGUCGACGGGUGGCACCAAACGGAGAAGCAGCUCCAGAGGGCGACUCGGCUCCUCUGGCAGUGGGAAAUGGGGCGUGAACACAGUCAGCAGACGCGAGGAGAAACAGAAGAGUCAGAUGGAGGAGAGACCCAUCAGGGAGCUCACCAGGACCAUGGCCGAGAAACGCAGAGACAAAACGCAGCGUUUGGAGGAGGAUCGAGAUCUCAGCAGUUUGAGACAGAUGGAGCAAAGCACCCGCAGGUAUCUGAGGAGGCUGAGGGAUGAUGCCCACCAAUGGCUGAGCUCCCUGAAGCUCUGGAGGAGAGACAUCCACCUGAUAGAGGGGAUGUUCGGCACAGGGAUCCUGUCGUACUUCUCCUUCCUGCGCUUCCUGGUCAUGCUCAACUUGAUCAUCUUUGUGCUCAUGUUCAGCUUCGUCAUGUUACCCAUCAUCAUGGCGCCAAACGUUUCGGGGAAUAUCACCUACAACCAGAAUUCUGGUAAGUGCAGUGUGUAUCCAAGCAGCGCCCGCCGAGGUCUGGUCAUCUUUCAUGAGCACAUUACAGAUCUGCUGUCUGGUGGAGGCUUCCUGGAACAGACUUAUCUUUUCUACGGCUACUACAAAGUGGACAAAAUCCACUUUUCUAACACCACUUACAAUUUGCCGCUGGCCUACCUGUUGGUCACCAUAGCCUACCUGUUCUUCAGUCUCGUCUGGAUUGUUAAAAGGUCUGCCACGGGAUUCAAACGUAACCUGGUUCAGGACGAGGAUCGCUUUCAGAGCUUUUGCAACAAGAUUUUCGCCGGCUGGGACUUCUGCAUCACCAACGACAACGCCGUGAAGCUCAAGAGGAGCAGUUUGCUCUACGAGCUCCGGACAGAUUUGGAGGAGGAGAGGAUCAAACAGAAAAUAGCCGAUCGCACCCGCAAAGAGAGGUGCAGGAUUUACCUCAUCCGCCUCAUUCUCAACAUCUUUGUCAUCGGCGUGCUGGCUGGAUGCUUCUACAGCAUUUAUGUCGCCACUGCCUUCUCCCAGAAAGUCCAGAUGGAUAAGAUAAAGGAGAACUUCAUCGUGGAUCUCAUCUAUGAGUAUCUCCCCUCAAUCGUUAUCACCUUGGCCAACUUCAUCACCCCCCUCCUCUUCUCGGCCAUCAUCAACUAUGAGGACUACUCGCCUGCCUUCGAGAUCCGCUUCACUCUCAUGAGGUGUGUCUUCAUGCGGUUGACCAGUAUUGGGGUUUUGCUCUUCUCGCUCUGGUCUCAGAUCACUAAAUGUGAAAAUCAGCCCUGCCUGUGUGGCUAUAACCACGAGCUGUACUCUUGUUGGGAGACCCGUGUGGGACAGGAGAUGUACAAACUCACCAUCUUUGACUUCAUCAUCAUUUUCGCAGUCACCAUCUUCGUGGAGUUUCCCAGAAAGCUGAUAGUGAAGCACUGUGACUGUGGCCUGGCUAAGUGGUUUGGCCAGCAGGAGUUUGCUAUUCCUCAGAAUGUUCUGGAGAUCGUCUACGGUCAGACCAUCUGCUGGAUCGGCACGUUCUACAGCCCGAUGCUGCCUGCCAUCUGCACCAUUAAAUACUUCUUCAUCUUCUAUCUCAAAAAGGUGUCGUUGAUAAACAAUUGCCGUCCGGCCACGCGUCCGUUCCGCGCCUCCAGCUCCAACUUCUUCUUCCUGGUCGUGCUGCUGAUCGGCCUGGCUCUGGCCUGUCUGCCUGUCACUUUUAGCGUGGCACAAAUAAACUCGUCCCAGGCCUGUGGACCAUUUGUUAAUUACAACACCUCCUGGGAGGUGCUGCCAAAUACAAUACACGAGCUUCCACACGGAAUCCAAAAGGUCCUCUUCGCUCUCUCCUCUGAGGCCUUCGCUGUCUCCUUCUUUGUUGUCACAUGUUUGGCCAUGUUUUAUGUGAUCGCACUAGCUGGAGCUCACAAGAGAGUUAUUAAUCAACUAAGGGAGCAGCUAGCAAUGGAGGGCCGUGACAAACGUUUCCUGAUCCAAAAGCUGUGCCAGGCCCAGAGGCUCUCGGCUAUCAAAUCCCCAGAGUCCAAACCGCAGCCCCGCAGCAGCAGCAGCAGCAGCAGCCCCAGCUACCACACCAGCUUCUCCAACAAUUUCAAUGAAGGUGUGUUCCUGGCUCACUCACCUCCCGACUCCUCCACACAUCAGAUCAGCUGGUACGGAACCGGAGACAGCGUGCUGUUGCUCGGCUCAUCGAGAGAUCAGUUAGCCAAAAUGUUGAGAAUUACCAUCCGGGCAGACGUGGGAGCCCUUUGGGUGUUAUUCUGUAUCACCUAUUCCCAGUUUUUGACAGUUUCCUCGGAUGACAUAGUGGUGGCAUGCGGGGGAUUUGUGAAAUCCGACGUGGAGAUCAAUUACUCUCUGAUCGAGAUCAAACUGUACACCAAACAAGGUUCCUUGAAAUAUCAAACGGAUUGUGCGCCAAUUAAUGGCUACUUCAUGAUCCCCCUCUAUGACAAGGGGGACUUUGUCUUGAAGAUUGAGCCUCCUCUUGGAUGGAGCUUUGAGCCGACCAGUGUCGACCUCCACGUGGAUGGAGUGAGCGACAUCUGUACAAAAGAAGAAGACAUCAACUUUGUUUUUACUGGCUUUUCAGUCUCAGGAACGGUCCUGAGUAAAAGCCAUCUUCUGGGUCCGGCUGGAGUCGAAGUCAAACUCACCCGAGUGGGAACAGACGAGAAACUCCAGAGUGUCGUCACACAGCCUGGAGGAAAGUAUACCUUUUUAAAAGUACUCCCUGGAAAUUAUGACAUCACAGCUGCCCAUCCCUCCUGGACUCUGGAGCAGAGCGCCACCUCAGUGCUCGUCUCCAAUGCCAACGCCCCGGCCGCCGAGCAUCUGGUGGUCGGAGGCUACGAUGUCUCGGGGGAGGUCCGCAGUGACGGAGAGCCCAUGAAAGAGGUCACCUUCCUACUGUACUCGGCCGCAGUCAAGAAAGAGGACGUCGGCGGCUGUAACACAUCCCCAGUGGAGGGGGCAGAUUCUGGGGACAGCGCUCUGGUCUACCUGUGCAGCGCUCUGUCCCGGGAAGAUGGGACCUUCAUCUUCCCCUCACUGGCCAGCGGCGAAUACACCGUGGUGCCGUUCUACAGAGGAGAAAGGAUCACCUUUGAUGUCGCUCCGUCCAGGAUGAAUUUCAAUGUGGAACACAACAGUCAGAAACUGGAGCCCAUCUUCCGUGUCAUGGGCUUCUCUGUGACGGGCCGAGUGCUCAACAGUGACGUUGGGGAGGGCGUCCCCGAUGCUACAGUGUCCAUCAACAACCAGAUCAAAGUGCUCAGCAAGGAGGACGGUUCUUUCCGCUUGGAGAACAUGACGGCUGGUACCUACACCAUCCGUGUCAGCAAGGAGCUCAUGUUCUUUGAGCCAAUCACAGUGAAGAUUGCCCCCAACACACCCCAACUUCCUGACAUCAUCACAGCUGGGUUCAGUGUGUGUGGCCAGAUCUCCAUCAGCCGCCUGCCUGAGGGCAUGAAGCAUCAGGGUCGCUACAAGGUCUCUCUGACACCCCAGGGCCAAGACAAGGCCUCCAGCAAGACCGUCGACUCCGAUCCUCAGGGGGCCUUCUGCUUCCAGGCCAAACCUGGAGACUACAGCGUCCAUGUGUCACUCCCCGAGGCGGAGGUGAAGGCAGGCCUGGCUCUGCAGCCUCAGGCCCUUGAUGUCUCCCUUGUGGACCGGCCCCUCACAGACUUACUUUUCACCCAAUUCAUGGCUUCUGUCUCUGGGAAAGUCUACUGUUUAACGUCCUGCGAUGACCUUUCAGUAACUCUGCAACCGGUGAGUCGGCAGGGAGAGAGAAGGACGGUGGCUCUGUCUGGCAGCAGUGACAUCCUCAGCUUCUCCUUUGAUGACGUUUUACCUGGGAAAUACAAAGUGAGUAUUACUCAUGAGGAGUGGUGCUGGAAGCAUAAGUCCAUGGAAGUGGAGGUUCUGGACUCCGACGUGGGGGGGGUGGAGUUCAGACAGAUUGGCUACAUCCUGCGCUGCUCCCUCUCCCAUGCUAUCACUUUGGAGUUUUUCCAAGAUGGCAGCAAACCCGAGAACGUCGGCGUGUACAACCUCUCUAAGGGAGUGAACCGCUUCUGCCUCUCCAAGCCUGGUGUUUACAAAGUCACCCCUCGCUCCUGCCACCAGUUUGAGCAGGACUUCUACACGUACGAUACCUCGGCCCCCAGCAUCCUGACCCUCACCGCAGUGCGGCAUCACAUGACUGGGCUCAUCACCACCGACAAGAUCCUGGACGUCACCGUUACUAUCAAAUCAUCUAUCGAGAGCGAGCCGGCGCUGGUGCUGGGUCCCCUGCGGAGCCUGGAGGAGCAGAGGCAGGAGCAGCAGCUGCAAGAGAUUCAACUGCGCCGCCAGGAACGAGAACGCCGCGCCGCUGAAGAGGACGGUGGUGCCAGAGACGACAGCCCUCCUAUCCAAGAGAAGGCCGAUGAACUGACGGGCCCCUUCCACUACGAGUUCUCCUACUGGGCCAGGGCUGGAGAGAAGAUCACAGUGACUCCCUCAUCCAAGGAGCUGCUGUUCUAUCCUCCUGAGGUGGAGGCUACUAUUACUGGAGAGUCGUGUCCAGGUCGGCUGGUGGACAUCGCAGGGCGCGCAGGUCUCUUCCUGGAGGGCAAAGUGUCACCAGAGCUGCAGGGCGUGGAGAUCGCCAUCACUGAAAGAGGAGCUGCUGCACCGCUCGUUGCUGUGGCCACGAAUGAGAUGGGAGCAUACAGUGUGGGUCCGCUCCACAGCGACCGGCAGUACAACAUCAGUGCCAGUAAGGAAGGUUUCGUCCUGAGUCCUGUGGAGGGAACCCAGGGAGAUUUCAAGGCGUUCGCUCUGGCUGGUGUCACCUUCAAGAUCAAAUCGGAGGAUGGUCUUCCCCUGUCGGGUGUCCUCCUGUCUCUCAGUGGAGGACAGUUUCGCUCCAACCUGUUGACUCAUGACACCGGCCUGCUCACCUUUAAUAACCUGAGUCCUGGUCAGUACUACUUCAAGCCCAUGAUGAAGGAGUUCCGCUUUGAGCCGGCGUCUCAGAUGAUCUCCGUGGAGGAGGGGCAGAACCUCAGCAUCGAUAUAACUGGCAUCAAGACGGCUUACAGCUGCUACGGAGCGGUGCAGUCUCUGAGCGGGGACGCAGAGAGGGAUGUGGCCGUGGAGGCGGUGGGACAGGCCGAGUGUAGCAUCUACAGCGAGGACACCGUCACCGACGAGGAGGGUCGCUUCAGACUCAGGGGUCUGCUGCCGAGUUGCAAAUAUCUAAUCCAGCUGCGAGCUGAAGGCAACGACCACAUAGAGAGGGCACUACCACAACACAGAGCUAUAGAGGUCGGCAGCCGUGACAUCGAAGGGGUCAACAUCAUCGCCUUCAGGCAAAUCAAUCAGUUUGACCUCAGUGGAAACGUCCACACAUCGCCUGAACAUCUCUCAACACUAUCAGUGAAGCUUUACAAGAGCGACAAUCUGGACAACCCAAUAAACAGCAUCUCUCUGGGACAGUCCCUCUUCUUUAACUUCCCUCCUUUGGACAGAGAUGGAGAGAGCUAUGUGCUGAUGCUGUACUCCACGCUGUCCCGCUUCCAGUUCGACUUCACUCUGCCUCAGGUCACCUUCACCUCCAACGGCUACCACAAGCACAUCACACUCACCUUCAACCCCACUCGUAAAGUGCCUGACCAGGAUGUUGCCCAGGGCUCCUACAUAGCUCUGCCUCUCACUCUGCUGCUCCUGUUAGCAGCAUACAACCACGAGAAGGUCAUCCCCCUCCUGUUGCAGCUGGUGAACCGCAUGCAGGGAGUGAGGAGCAUGGCGCAGGUCACCGCGGACAGCGCUGCUCUGGAUGAAGCCAAACGUCAGGCCAAGAGACAAAAGACUCGGCGCACAUAAGGACACAAGCACGGCUCAGCUCACACCCCAUCUUUGUUCACUAAAUGGUCCACUUGCACCCACGGUCACAGCCUCGGAGAGCACUGCGGGUUAGCUCAGAGUAGAUACCGGUUCGCGGGAUGAGCCGUCUAACGUUUGGAGCGGCUAACUGUGGGUGCUAGGGAACUAUUUAAUGCGCUAAAGAUGCCUCAUGUGAAGCCCAACACAAACCACUCGACGCGCAUUACCACCACCUCACCAGCCAUUCACUGAUGGCUGAAGUUUUACAGGUUGUUUUUUCUGUUGUUUCUUCUUUUUUUUCACGACACUCAUUGUUUAAGAAAACUGUUAAUAUUUGUGAUAGAACAUGAGCCAUUUUUAUACCUUUGUAAUUUAUCUAGGUCAACUUAACAAUUUUGCUUGUGUUUUGAAAGCACUUGAAUGCUUUUGAUAUCAGUCUUAACAAUGUUUAGGACUGUCGAGCCCCUUGACUGGUCGUGUGUCUCACUAGCAGCAUCGGGGUCAAUUCAGAUGAUACACAACACACGAUACACAACACACGAGGGGGAUUUUCAUCCAAAUGUGGAAUUCACACACUGCGGUGACACACAGCUGUUGGCAAAAAAAAAUCUCUAAGGAUAUUUAAAAUGUGUUUUUAAUAGAUUUCUUUGGGAUCAAAUAUAAGGGUCAAUAAGAUUCAGAGCGUGUAGAAAUGAUUGUCGGAAAUAUUUUUCAAAGCUUCUUGUUGAAUAUCCUCCUUGUAAACCUGGGGGGGGGGGGACUCUGCACGAGUAGUUUGUGAAUGUGUAGAAAAUAAACACAAACUUUGUAUAACUUUUUAAACUUCACGUCACUCGCUCCAAAUCUGGUUGACCCUUAUUUGACCCCGUAGGUUCGAUAAUAAACUGAAUCAGCCACAAGCUGAAUUGACCUCUUUAAUUCCAUCACAAACGUGGGAUUGUGUAACUAACUAUGACUGAAAGACAGCCAAAGACAUGGACGAGCUUUAUACCAUUGUCAGUCAUAUCACUUCAAUGUAAAAGCAGCCACCAGUUACUGUGAUGCACUCCACCUCUGACGGUGUUUUAUAGGCUGCUCAGUGGGAGAUUGAUGUUUUGUCCGUUUCAGCUCAGGACAGUGGUGGUCGAUGGAUGCUGGAAAUCUGGGUUUGAAUUCUGUUUGAGGAGAAGUUUAGUUUUUUGCGGGGGUGGGAGGUAGGGAGCUCUAGGGGAUAACAGAUAGUUGAUUAAUUUAUUAACAUAUGUCUAAUCAGAUGUGAAUGAUGACUUAGUUUGUGUGCUGGGGGAAUGUCUCAGAAGUGUGUUUUUGUUUUUUGAACUGUCAGAUGAACCGUGUGACACAUUAUUUUAUAGAGCAACAUUAAAUUUAAGUAAACUUAAA